UAUGCAGCUGUUCAGAGCGGCAAGGAGCGACGAAGCAACCGUUAGUUGAAAGCAGCCACUGCAGAGUGCGGUUUGAAUUUAUGGGUUUAAAUCGUUAUGUGUAGUAAGUUGGAUUCAAGUUAAGCCAAUCGUGCGUCGCAGUGCCAAGAAAUGAAUAAUGGAGAGUUAAUGUCUGCAAUGGAAUUCAAAAGCGAAGACAUUCGAGUGACCUUUACUAUAGUGUUGUAUUGUUGACUUUUUCAACUGUUUUGUGUGGUUUGAAUUGUUAGUGUUUGUGUGCAGUGAAGUGCCAGGAACCCAUUUAUCGUUCGCCUCAAAAGACGUGACACCAUGCCACCAACACCACCACUCCCCAUCACAGAGGACACCCCUCCUGACAUGCUGGCUGGCUCCAUGGACCUGAGGGUAGUGCUACCUACUGGCCAUUCUGUAAAAAUGAGUGUUGAGCGCAGCACGCCUAUGAUGGACUUGCUGGUUCAAGUGACAACUCUCAACAAGAUCUCAACAGGUGGUCAUGUGCUUCAGGCGAUAGGUGAACGGGGCAUCCUUCCCUACAAGCCUAGCACCCCUAUUGGGGCUCUCGACACAUGGACCAUACAAGUUGUUCCUAAAUCAAAGGUUCAGACCACAGCAGUCCAGAAGAAAGCACCUUUAAAACCACUGAAUCAGCAGCAGCCAUUUGAACCAACAUUCAGAUUACAGGUCCACCUGCCACGGAACCAGCUGUACGUGACACGGGUCAGUUCAAGGACUCUUCUCUCCGACAUUCUCCACCAGACAUGCACAGAGAAGAACCUCGACCCCAACAAAUAUGAGCUGCGGCAUCCAGCCAACCUGUCUCAGUUGCUGAGUCCAUCCUGCACUCUAGCUGACUAUGGUCUGCAGGAGGUGACAUUAGUAGCACGAAGUCGGGCACCUGGCAUGGGAUCAGCACUGUCAUCGUCUGAUAUCAUGGCACUGCAGCGAGAGGAAGACAAGCGGCGUCAGCAAGCACGUCAACAACACGGAACAGGCACUGGGCUGGGACUUGUGUUAAACAAGCAGAGUCAAUCUAGUGUGUGUGAGGGCAGUGUGAGCAGUGACAGCCUAGGGGGUCGCAGCAUCUCACCAGCCAGAUCUGAUGAGUCAGCCAGCCGAUCAGCCUCACCGCCUGCACCAAGUCUGCCACCCAUGAUGGCACCACUCGCACCAGCAAGACCAGCUAGAAAGAGACGUCCUGCACCAAAGCCACCCAGCUCUAACAAUGGACCAAUCAGCAAUACACAGCGGACUGAAUCAAAUGUGCAAGCAGAAACAAGCUCUGGAACUGUCAUGAAUGGGCAUUCUAGGAGUAAUAACACCAAGACAACACAAGUCCCUGUAUCACAUUCCCGCAAUAGUUCGGACAGCAGUGGGUACCAUGAGGCUUCAGUUCUUAGUGAGAGUCCUGCUGAAGGCAACCAGAUGACAGAAAACUGUGCUGUGGACACACUCCCACGUGAAGGAAAGCUGGUGUCUGGCCAGCCAAUACAGAUGAAGACUCAUGGUGGAAGCCAUGGUUUGUCACGAUCAAUGUCAAGUCUGAACAGAGUGGGAAACAUGGCAGGCUGCCAGCAUAGUACCUCUAACAGUUCCCUUGCAUCCUCCACAGGUCAAGGACUAAAGAAAAAGAAAGCACCACCACCUCCACCAGGAGCAGGAGGAACCAAAGAUCACCAACAGCAAAAGCACCUGUCAUCAUUAUCACUGUCCUCCACUGAUCAGGACAACUCAGAGCCACACAAAAAGACAACAUCACUAGAGAGACAUCUGUCUGGUAAGAAUUCUGCAGCUGGCAGUGUUCAAUCACCGGACAAGUACUCAACUCUACCUGGAAAGAUGAAGAUGUCAGAGCAUGAUUACAGGCCAGUGGAAUCUCCAGUCAAGAAACCCAAAAUCAUUCCUGAAACAAAAAUACAGUCACCUGAAGAAGGGUGUUUGGAUGGAGACCAGAAGAUUCCUGAAGUUGAGGAGGAUGUCUAUGUUCUAGACAUUUCCAAAGAAACACCUCUCUUCCACUCACAAAUGCACCAGGGUGAACAUGACAUUGCAACUACCAAUCAGAGUUCUGACAGACAUAUUGUUGAGAAACAAGACAAAUGCUUUGAGCAGCUCCCAAUGCCUCCUGUAGAAACAACACCAGAGACCCCUGUAGAGCUUGCUUCCAAGAGUAACAGCCCUCAGGUUGUUAAUACAGGCACUCCAGAAGCUUCCGCUGCUUUGGAACAUGAACCCACACUGCACACCCCAGCUCCAAAGCCACGCACACACAACAAGUGUAGUUCUUUGGAUGAUGUGAUUUCCUCAACUAGAAAGAGACCUGUUCCACAUCCACGACAGCUGUCCAAUAGCAGCGUCUUGCAAAAUACAGACAUAGAAAACCAUAUGCAAAUUGCAGUAGCAGAAGAGAGGAGAGAGAGAGGAAGCAUAGGGAAGAAAAGAAAUGGGGAGAAUGGCAGUGUGGGUCAAACAUUCGGUGUUGGGACAACAAUGCUAAUGUUUUCUCAGUCUGGGGCUGAUUCUGUCAGCAGUGACAGUUGGGAGUGGCAGUCGGUGAGAUCACAAAGUUCUGCAGAUGUUGCACAAGAUUCAGAUGAUGAACUGAACAUUGGUGAUAAUGACAUGGGAAUGUUUGACAUGGCAACAGAAACUUCUGACACAGUUCAAGCCAGAAAUGAGACAAGGAUUGACACCUCUGCUGUGAACCAGCAACUAAUUGAUUCAUGUGAUGACACUGAAUCUCUUUCUCUUGUCAGUUCUGUGUUUGAGUAUGAUUCAGAACAUGAGACUUAUGAAGCAUCAUCUACUUUAAAAUGUCCACCACUUGACAGACUAAUGAUAACCAAAGGGGAAUAUGGUUUUAGUGCUUCUAAAGGAGGAAUUCUCCAUGUGGUUGAUAUGAAUGAACUACAAGAGAAUAAAGUUGUUUCAAAAAUUAGUACAGGCAGUAGCACUAGUCUCCAGAGCAUGGACGAGGUACCACCAUUCAGCAACAGCAUGGAGUCACUAAUAAUGGAGCCUGCAGCAUCCAAGCAGUCAUGGGUGUUGGAAUACAACUCAGAACCUGAGGAAUAUUCUGGAAUGGAACCUGGUGACGAAGUGGAGGAAGCUUUCAAGAGUGUUACGGCAGAACUGGAGACUGCAAUCAAGCAGGAUAGAGACGCAAGUGCUCUGCCUCCCCCACCUACUUCUGCAGCAUCUCCAGAUGAUCUGACAGUGGACUGGGAGUAUCAGUUACCAGCACCGCCAUCUGCCUUCAGAGACUCUGAUUCUCCCACUCUCACUGAGGGUGAGACGGUUAUGUUAGCCGAUACACAGGUGUUUCGGGAAUCCCCCUCAUCACCAGAACCACAACCAGACACCCAUCUGGCAGGAUCUACAACCCUGAAGCUUCAAGAGGCUCUUGACUUACAUCUCAACAGCGUGGUUCACAGGAACGAAGUAACUAAGACCAAUCCUCUGUUUGAUCCACUUCAGUGUGAAGAUGAUAUUGGUGAUAACAGGAUGCCUGAUGCAGUUUGUGAAGUUGGCAUGGAAAAGUUAAAAAAUUACUCAAAAAAUGUGUCCCAUAUGGAGACAAAGUCUCAGAAGCAGAAUUUAACAGAAGAAGAGUUGAUGAAACCAAAGUCCUUGAGGGAUAAAAGCCAAGUAACAUCCACAAUGAAAGGUGUUCCCAGAAGUGGAGAAAAUGUAAAUUUCACCAUCACAACAUACCAAAGACCUUUCAGCACUGACAAAUUAUUAAAUGAAGACAGUGAUAGUAACAGGACACAUUCUGAUAAUCUGUCCACAGACUCAUUGAAGGAGCAAACAAAAACAGUGUCUCACCACCAUAAAUAUAGUUCUACCAGUUCACUAAACAGCAGUGCCGCCAGCCUAUCAAGAACAAAUUCCUUCAACGGUAAUGAUAAUGGAACAUUCACGCCUCCAGAUCCAGUUUCAACAUCACCUGUGAAGCGAUCCACAUCAUACAUCUCGUUAGUCACUAAUCCUCUCUCUCACCCUGGAAAUGGUUUCCAAUCUGGCUCAACCAACACUUUACAUACAGGCAAAACUAAGUUUGUUGGUAAUAUGGCAGCGCAAACACAGAUGGAUAAAGGCAAUGAAAGAGUAUAUGAAAGCUGGAGUCUCAGGAAGACAACAAGUGAAUGUAAUGUUAGUCAGGUUCCACCAGAACAUCACCAAGAAGGAACCAAGUCACAGACCACAGUGGAAGAGCAGAAGAUUGCCCAAGUUGGACAAGACAAAGAGCAAGGCUCACAGAAGCAGAUUAUAAUAACAGAAGAGGAGCGUGCACAGUUGCUGGCAUUACAGGAGCAGUUCCUUCAACUACAAGAGCAACUUCUGCAGAACUCUGGUCUCAUGCAGCAACAACAGCUAUCACAGCCUCAGGUCCCCACUGCAGACACUCCCCUGCAGUCACUACAGGUUCUUAGAAGUAUUCUGCCACAAUUGAACAAAACAAAAGUUUUGUCUGAUUACCAAGCAACUAGUCAGCAGCAGAAAUCUGACAACUCAGCUUUUCUCAGAUCUGAAACUCUUCCUACAGAAUUGGAUCCAAAAGAUUCAGAAGACUUUCCCAAUAAUGAGUCAGUUAAACAAACAACUGAUGUUUCUUCAAACCAACAGAACAUUGAUGAAGAGACAUCUAGCAAUAAUAACAGUGGUGAAAGGAAAAGGUAUACAUAUACGGGUCCUCCAGCAAUUAAUUUUGCUACGUGGAGUGAACGACCAAAAAGUCAGGUUAGCAUCAAGAUGGACUGUGACUAUAGGAUAGGCAUUGGUCAGGGUGGCCGCACGGAUGAACGUAACAAAACUCCUGCUCGAACAGGAAUGUCCGAGUCCAAGGAUAAGAUUUCAGCGGUCAGAAGUAACAAUACAGACACGUUGCACGAGCCAAAAAAUGAUCAUGAAGAAGUAUUUGCUCAAAACAAGAUGAACGGUAAACUAAACAGCUCACAACAAGUAACAGAAAUAGAGCCUGCCUCACUUACAAUGAGACUGAUUUCUCACACAACAGCAUCUGGUUUCCAGAAACCUGUGGCAGCAGCAAGAAAGAAGACUGGGUCAUCUAGUUACAUUGCUGGAGAAGCACAGCAAUCCUAUACACCUGAAGCCAAAGACAUAACACAAUCCUCAACAGCUGGUCUGCGGGUUGGUGGUGCCCUUCAACAGAAUGAUCCUUCACGAGUGCCAAUUGUAAGAGCUGUUGAACUCAAGAAGUCCUUCAUUCAACAACAGAAUAUGUACAUCAACCCUUACAGCUUUCACAGCUCAUCCACCAUGCUGAACGGUGAUGAGGGCAGUGGGCACCAUGUUGUCAGUAUGGUUAACCAAAGAAACAGUACUGCCCAUCACAAUGGAGGCAGUGAUGCAGACAGUGCUGAAGAGACAUUUGCAGGAGUUAAUUUUCUGGCAAAGAGAUUUUCAAGUGCAGGUUCAUCACCAAAUGGGCCUCCUAGUUUCCGCUCAUCUCGGCCAUUAUCUUCCUAUGGGAAGGUUGAGACUGUGAACACAAAAGGAUGUGAUAAUGCAACUAGUUCACCUUAUAACACCACUCUCUCUUACAAGAGUGUGAGCUCAACUAAUCUGAAUGCAUCGAAUGUAAAUACAUACCAAGAUGCUCAGCUCAAAAAUGGAGAUAGGAAAGGCAUUAGGAGGUAUACAUCUGUUAUUGGAAUUAGUAAUGAUAUAGACCAUAACCUGACCUUGUCAAGUUCCCAAGAACCAGCUUCAGAAUCAAGCAGGGCACAGUCAAGAACAUCAGGCCCUUCAGUGGUCAGAGUGAAUGGUUUCACUGCUCCAAAGCAGCUAAUGCCAGUUGUAAAAGGCUUCCAGUUUGCCUCUGCAAAUGCUAAUAGGGACAUAUCUGCCCCGCUACCUGCCAAAAACUCAAAUACAACGAAUGCCUCUCACACCAAGGUUCAGCGAUCAGAAUCAACAUCUGCUAUCAGAAGCUGGAAGACAGUCGAUACUACUGACCAUUCAUCUUCUACAAAUUCUAGUAACACCAAAACAUACCUGCGACGAAAUUCAAAUGAAUCAAGACCAGAACAAAUGGUGGUGAAGGUUACAACAAAGAGUGCAGAAUCAGAACCUCCUCCACCCCCUCCCCUAGCAGGAUCCCUCCAGAAAUCAAUGGCACGACCGCGUCCAAGGACUCUACAAGCUCCUCAGCUCAGCACUCGGGAUCAGCUAAUGGAUGCAAUUAGAAAUUUCGGUGGUCGAGGAAACCUGAAACAGGUUUGUGAUAACAGGGACAGCUCCCUCAAUGUUGUGCUCAUCCGAUGAACAGAUAUGUAUAUGCAUUUUGCAUGUGUAUUGGUAACUACAGAGUUUGCCUUCAUGUGCAUCAGAGUUCCUAGCUAAAAUGUACUGAACUUCAAUAUCUGGCUUAGCGUACUCCAGACUGUUUGAAGGAAUGUGGGCUGUGUUUGGCCUAAGUCUGACUCACAUUUCAUUCUCUCCUAGCAUAACUUAAAAUAAUCUAUGAUUGCAUAUAUUUCCUGACUUCACUCUGCUUUCUUUUCAGACCUCCAGUGUUCUAUAGUCCUUAUUCCAUAUUUUUCUCUUGCUUCUUCUUUCCCACAUUUAACCAUCACAAUAAUUGUCUUAUGCUUUCUGUUCCUGCCAAACGCUGGGCAUAACUAUAAAAAGAUAUCUUGCAGGAACUUCAUUUUCUCAUAUUUCUGAACUUAUGAUGAAUGUGGACUAAAAUUAUAUCUACCUCCUUGGGUGAAAAAAAGAAAUAUGUCUACUUUACAUAGCUCCUGGUUGAAUCACAGAAAAAAAAAUAAAUUUAAUGGUUUUAUUUUCUAGGAAUGUGAACAUGAUUCAAAUUUUGAUAAUUCAAAAUUCGUUCUCAGAGUGAGAAAAGCUCUGCAAUUAUUGAACCUCAUACAUUACAUAUGGGGGGAGGGGAUUUUUAUGACCAAAAUUAGUUCAACCUCUAUGAAGUAAAAUGUGGUUUUAAAUGGAAUAUAGUAACAUUGGGUAUUAAUAUUCUUCUUCUUCUUAUUAUUAUUAUAAUUAUAUUUGUGCUAACUUUGUAAUUGCCCUCUGUGGUGUUAAGUUUUCACGUAAAUAAACAUGAAUUGAACUGAAUUACGAAUAGUUACCAAAAUUUUUUGAACUGCUAAAAAUAUUGUCAGUAAAGAAAUGUUUUCCUAAUUACUGUGGAGUAUUAGCAAUAGGUACUUGCAUCUAAAAUUUAUAUAUCAUGUGUGGAAUUAAAGUUUUAAGAUAUUUUGCUUCCCAACAUAUUCUUAACUAUUUGUGAGGUUAUGCUAUGAAGAAAUUUUUUGAUUUGAUGAUGCAUGAUGUCUAUGAAAGAGCAAGGACCAUUGUUUCAGAAGGAAAUGUUGCUUCUCAUUGCCAGGCUACAAAAUGUUCUCUCCUGAAGAUGGUGGUUGCAGUUUUCCCCUGAAAUAUAGAUAACCUAUCUGACUGCAUAGCAUUAUACACCAGAAUACUGUGACCUUAUUAUUAUGUUCUAUUUCCUUAAUCAGUAAUCACUCAUCAGCGAACAAUUUUCUGUUAUUUACAUAACACAAUUUGAAUUUAGUAAAGAAUGUAAUCUGUUCACAAUCAUCUUGGUGCAGAGAAAAUAUUCGCAAUUAAUUGAUGUUCCAAAAGUUAAAUCUGAAGUUAGCUUGUGUGUGCCAUGAAAAAGUAUGUCACAGUUGGCAUU